UGUUCAGUGUGUGUCCGACCAUAACGGAAGAAGGAAUUAUGCGAGCUCUCGCGUCUCUCAUGGCUCCUUGUUAGUUGUGUGUGUCCAAAUUUACCUUCGCACAAAAUGAAAAUUCUCAAUAUAGUGUUGAUGACGCUAUGUUUAGCCGAGUCUUUGGGUUUGACAGUCCAAGAGGAAGACCCGUUCAGCGAAGUUUUCCUGAUUGGAGGAGGAGGUCAAUGUGAACAGGGCAUGUUUGCAUGCAAAGAUGGUCUCAAGUGCAUUCCCAUGAGCUGGAAGUGCGAUUACUCUCCUGACUGUAGUGAUGCAUCAGAUGAGCCAGUUGACUGUCCUGUUGUUCCAUGUGGGACCUUCCGUUGUGCCCUGACACACAAAUGUCUUCCAAGGGGUUGGGUGUGCGAUGGGGAAGCUGAUUGUGGUGCUGGAGACACCUCUGACGAGGAUAAUGAUAUGUGUAAAAAGGGCAACUCGUGCCCAUUAAAUUAUUAUAGAUGUAAAGAUGACAUCAAUUGUAUCUUAAUAGAAAAACUUUGUGAUGAAGUCCAAGACUGUCCAGAUAGCAGUGAUGAAGGAGAUUUUUGCCAUGACACAGAGGAAUGCCAGUCUUUGCAGUGUUCGCAUAGUUGCAAACCUUCUAGUGAACGACCAAUAUGUUUUUGUCCAGCAAAUCAACACCCUAAUGGUACCAAUUGUGUUGAUUCCAACCUAUGUGAAGUUGAGGGAACAUGUGACCAGUUGUGCUCUACGACUGGAAAAAGUCAUUUAUGUGAUUGCGUUAAUGGGUAUGAGUUGACAGACUCUUCAAGAUGUAAAGCAGUGAAUGAUCCCCAAGAUCAGCCAGCAACUCUUUUAUAUGCUAGUAAUACUGGUUUAGCCAUGGUCCACCUCAAUGGAAGUACCUUACCAGGGAAUACUCAGGUCAGCUCCCAGUAUGCAAUAACGGUUGAUUUUGAUCAUCGCUCAAAUUCAGUUUGUUGGGUCAGUGCCAAUGGGUCAUGGUCUGAGUUUAAAUGUGCAUCUUCAAACAAUCUUCAUGAUGCAUGGACAAUUCCUCAACCUACACAGAAUGGUUUGAGUCAUGUACACGACAUUGCCAGAGAUUGGGUUACUGGCAAUUGGUAUAUAUUAGACCGAAGAGAAAUGAUAUUUAUGUGCAAUGCAACUAUGAAAGUUUGCAUAACUUUGAUGGAUGUGGUCCUCAAUGAACCUCGAGGCAUUGCUCUUGAUCCAGGCACAGGAUAUAUGUUUUUUACCAACUGGGGUAUGACUGAACCAAAGCUUGAGCGUGCAUUGAUGGAUGGGACGCAAAGGGUGCCGAUAGUUUUCAAGAAAAUUGUCUAUCCAUUUGGUGUAUCAAUUGAUUACCCAAAUAAACAUGUUUAUUGGGUUGAUGGUUAUUUAAGCCAUGUGGAGAGAGUAGAUUACAAUGGAGACAACAGAAGAAUUAUCAUCAAACUGAAAUCUGUAAGUACUUUUGAUGAGCGACCGUAUGGUGUGUCACUGUUGGAGAAGUUGUAUGUUACUAGUUGGAGGGAUGAUACAAUUAAGAAAAUAAAUAGAUUUAACAGCCAUAAUGUCACUGAAUUUCACACAAAUUUCUCCGAACCAAUGCAUGUACAUGUGUUUUUUCAUCGACAAAGACAACCAGUAUGGUUUGUUGCAAAUUCAUUUUGUAUAUUAUUUCCAUGUAAGAAUUCAAAUGGUGGCUGUCAACACAUAUGCAUUCCACUAUGGGAAGAUAAAAAACCCAAAAAACCUGUUGCUUCAUGUCGUUGCCAGCCAGGACAUAUACUUGGCCCUGGAGGCUCUUGUGUAGAACGUGAACUACAUGCCUUUCUGAUAUAUGCUAAAGGUCGGCCUGGAAUGAUAAAAGGAAUUUCUCUAGAUGAGCCAGAUUCAUCAGAGGUCAUGGUACCCAUCACGUCUCUUACUCGUCCUACAACUCUUGAUUUUGAUGUCAGAACUCAGUUCAUUUAUUAUGCUGAUAUUCAAAGGUAUUUGUAAAGAGCGACGAGUUUAGAUGGAACAAAGAAAGAGCCAGUAGUGACAUCUGCUGUAUUAAAUGUAGAGGGCUUUGGCAGUUGAACUGGGAUGGGACGCAAUAUCUACUGGACUGAUGAGGGUGUAUCAUCCAUAUUUGUAUGCUCAAUGGAAGACUCAGCAAAAGCGAAAAUGCUUCUUCAUGGGAACUUGACCAAUGCUAGAGCUAGUUUUGUUUUAAAUCCGGGGUGUGGUUACAUGUACUGGACAGUGUGGCAAUUUAGUGUUGGUGAUGAAGGGCUUAUUGAGAGGGCUUGGAUGGAUGGUACAAACAGGGAGCCUUUCAUUACCACAGGACUUCAGUGGCCAAAUGGUUUAACAGUAGACUUUGCAGAGCGUCACCUUUACUGGUGUGAUGGCUAUCAUAAUGUUAUAGAAAGAGUAAACCUUGAUGGAACUGGAAGAGAGGUGAUGUUGCGAGAAGAUGUACUGAAUCAUCCGUAUGGCCUAGCUUACCAUAAUGGGUUUAUAUACUGGUCAGAAUUCCAGAAUGGCACAAUCAAACGCGUUAACCUUGGUAGUCAAGAUGCCCCAGAGAAGCUCCGAGUAGAAAACCCAUAUGAACUGAAAGUUUUUACUAAUACUAGUCAGAAUAUAGUAAAUGAAUGUACAAAUGGAAGCAUGCAUUGUGAUCAUUUGUGCCUUGCCACUCCAGAGGGUCCUCAUUGUGAUUGUGCAACGGGUUUUGAGCAAGAUUCUCAAAAUCCUAGUCUAUGUCAUCCCAUCACAAACUUUACACAGCCUACCUUUUGUAAUGAAGAUCAGUUUCAGUGUAAGAAAAAUCUGCGCUGCAUUGAUGAAAGAUAUUUAUGUGAUGGUGACAAUGACUGUCUAGACAACAGUGAUGAAGAUAUGUCUCCUGGAGGUAUCUGUGAGGCUGCUCAGUGCCAUGAGGACAUGUUCAAGUGUGGAAACAACCAUUGUAUUGACGCUUAUUGGGUCUGUGAUGGUGAUAGAGAUUGUGAAGAUGGAUCUGAUGAGAGCCCUGAGGAGUGUACACUUCCUCAGUGUCCAGACAAUAAAUUCAGGUGGUCAUAAAUCAGUCGCUGUAUUGCUUCAUCGUGGGUUUGUGACAUUGAUAAAGACUGUGGUCCUGAUGAUGAUUCAGAUGAGCACCAAGGCUGCAAGUACCAAGACUGUGGUCCAGAAGAUUUCAAGUGUAAUAAUAAAAGAUGCGUGCCAUUGUUUUAUGUUUGUGAUGGAGAUGAUGACUGUCGUGAUGGCACAGAUGAAAAGAACUGUGAAACUGUUUGUGCCAAUCCUAGAAGCUCUAAUCCUCCAACUACUCCAUUUUGCAGCAACUAUUGCAGAAGUAUCACUGAUGAGAAAAUUUGUGAGAAGACUCAUGGUUGUACAUACUGUACAGCAAAUGAAACCUGCAUUGCUACAUACCAGCUUUGCGAUGGGGUAGAAGACUGUGGAGACGGCAGUGAUGAAGCUAACUGUGAAGAUAAGAUACUCUCCAGUUGUAGUGAAGAGGAAUUUUUAUGUGCCCAGACUCAUGUUUGCAUCCACAAAUCAUUGAAAUGUGAUGGCAGCGAUGAUUGUCUAGACAAAUCCGAUGAGCUGGAUUGUGAAUCCACUGAGUGUUCACAUAGUGAAUGGAAAUGUGAUUCAGGACAUCAGUGCAUUCCAGAUGUAUGGAAAUGUGAUGGUGAUGAGGACUGUAGUGAUGGUUCAGAUGAGGAAAACUGUCCAAUUGCACCUGUCCUUUGCCCAGCUCCAGGUUUUUUAUGUGAUAAUGGCUCCACAUGUGUUCAGCCAAAAAAUCUCUGUGAUGGCAAGAAAGAUUGUAAAGACAGCUCAGAUGAAGGUGGACGAUGUGGGUCUUUUGAUUGUGAGUUAAUGGAUUGUGACAAAGGGUGUGUUCAGGGCCCUGGUGGUCCAGUGUGCACUUGUCCUAUUGGGCAGACUCUCCUCCCUGAUGGUCGCAUGUGUUCAGCCCUUCACCCAUGUGAACAGUGGGGUACUUGUUCUCAGGAAUGUGUACCUACAAGACAGUCGCAUAAGUGUUCAUGUUUCAAAGGAUAUGGUCUUGAACCUGAUGGGUUUUCAUGCAAAAGCACAGAUCCUGCAACUCCAUAUUUAAUCUUCAGUAAUCGCCAUGAAAUACGAAGCAUAAGUCUGAAGAAUGGAAUGGGAGUUAAGGCCCUUAUAUCAUCCUUAAAGAAUACAAUUGCCCUUGAUUUUUAUCAUGCAGAUGAUGAAGACAUUAUUUUCUGGACAGAUGUAGUUGAUGACAAGAUAUACAAGGGUACUCUUCUUUCUGGAACAUUGUCGAACAUAGAGGUUGUGGUGCAGACAGGUUUAGCAACAGCAGAAGGACUGGCAGUAGACUGGAUUGCAGAAAAUCUGUACUGGGUGGAAAGUAACCUAGAUCAAAUAGAAGUAGCAAAACUUAAUGGGUCAUAUAGGCGCACACUUAUUGCCUCGCAGAUGGAAAGUCCUAGGGCAAUUUCACUAGAUCCAAGAGUUGGGAUGCUCUUUUGGACUGAUUGGGAGGAAGGAAGAUCACGCAUUGAAUCUUGCAGUAUGUCUGGUGAAGGUAGACGUAUAGUUAUCAUAGUGAGUGACAUAAGUGGAAGUGGUUGGCCAAAUGGACUUACCUUAGAUUAUGCAUUACGGCGCAUUUAUUGGAUUGAUGCAAAGUCUGAUUCAAUCCAUACUGCAAUGUAUGAUGGUUCUGAUCAUAGGGAGAUUCUACGAGAGCAUCAUCUGUUGUCUCAUCCAUUUGCCAUUACUUUGUUUGGCAACUAUGUGUACUGGACUGACUGGAGGACAAAUUCUGUCAUCAGUGCAAACAAAUUCAAUGGGUCAGAUAUUCGGGAUAUUCAGAGGACUAUCACUCAGCCGUUUGACAUUCAUGUCCUCCAUCCAAGCCGACAACCAAGAGAUGGUCCUAAUCCAUGUGCUAAAGGCAAUGGAGGCUGCUCACAUUUAUGCCUCCUUAGCUUCAAUGGUACCUAUCAGUGCAACUGCCCACACAUUAUGAGCCUGGGUCCUGAUGAAAAGACUUGCAUACGUAAUGAAAAGGUGCUCCUCUUUUCUCGACCUAAUGAGAUUCGAGGUGUAGAUCUAAGUAAACCUACACAUGAUAUUAUUCCACGUAUAUCCGUCCCCAAAGUUCAGCAUGCUGCUCAGUUAGAUUUUGAUAGCAAAACCAAAAAGAUUUACUGGGCUGACUCAAAGAUGAAUGAAGUCAAACGAGCUAGUUUGACUGGAGGCCCAAUUGAAACAGUUAUGGAUACAUCUUUAGAAGCACCAAGGGGAUUUGCUAUUGACUGGCUUUCAAAUAAUAUGUUUGUAACAUCACAUGGUGGAAAAGCUAAUAAUAUUAAUGUGGCAACUCUUAAUGGAGAAUUCUUAAUCCCCAUCAUAAAAGACAAUGUAGUUGAUCCACUAUCAUUAGCUCUUGAUCCAUAUGAAGGAAAAGUCUUCUGGUCUGAUGUUGGUGGUGAUUCUCAUUCAGUCAGAGUGGCAUCAAUGGUUGGAGAUGAUUUUUCCAUAUUGUCAUCUCAGAAGGACAAUGCUUAUUUAAUUCAGCCUAGAAGCUUGACUUAUGAUGCAAGUAGUCAGCGCUUGUAUUGGGUUAAUGCAGGAUCUGAUUCCAUACAGUAUUAUGAUUUCACUGAAAAGAAGACUAUAAAUAUCUUGAUUAAUGAUGAUAGUGCAAAACCAAAGGCACUUAUUGUUUAUAAGGAUCAUGUGUAUUAUACAAAUGAUGUAGAUUCCAGCAUAUAUAAAAUGGAUAAGGGAACAGGCCUUGAUCGCCAGUUAGUUCGAUCUGGGUUGGGAAACUUUUUAUCCCUGAAAAUAUAUGAUGAAUCAGUACAAGAUGGAAGUAAUGCGUGCUCACAGAAAGAUCCACCUUGCCACCACUUAUGUCUUCCAAAAAACAGAGCAGAAGGCGAGUGCUACUGUGCUGUUGGUUAUCAGCAAGAUCCUCGAAACCCGACUGCAUGUGUCGGAGUUGAUAAGAUUCUUAUAUACUCAAAUAAUGUUGGCCUUAGUGGACUAAGUAUAGACAAUCCAGUGACUGAUGCUGGCAUAAGUCCUGAGUUACUUACUCCUAUAUCUGGCAUUGGUAUGGCUACCCGUCUUGAUUUUCAUGCCCUGCAGGACUUGAUUAUAUGGGCAGAUGGGGAUCAAGGGACUAUUACCAGUGUAAAACGGGAUGGAACAAACCGCCACUCGAUUGUUGAAAAUAUUGAAACUGUCCAAGGAAUUGCUGUUGAUUGGGUUGCAGAAAAUCUUUACUGGACUAAUCCAGUUGCAGAUGUCAUUGAAAUGUGUCGUUUAAAUGGUUCAGAUGUAUUUAUUCUUGUUGCCAGUGAUCUAGAAAAACCUGGUGCUAUUGCUGUACACCCAGGGGCAGGUUUAAUGUUUUGGGUGGAUACUGGAGAAGAUGUACGAAUUGAAAGUGCAAGUCUUGAUGGGUCCAACAGGAAAGUAUUAGUGAACAGUUCUCUUCAGUAUCCGGUAGACUUGGUUGUAGAUUAUAAUGAGGGGCAUCUGUACUGGGUGGACCAAAGAGCUAAAACACUAGAGAAGAUUAAUCUGGAUGGGAGUCAUCGAGAAGUGGUCCUGAAGAGUGAAACCUUGCAGCUGCCAGUGUCAGUCUUCGUUUUCCAAGACAGUAUCUUCUGGGCUGACAUGGUGUAUGGAGCUGGCUCAAUUCGCCAAGUUUCAAAGAGAGAUUUGACCAGAGUGUCCACAUUAAGAGAUAACCUUGGAGAUACAGUUAGAGAUAUUAUUGUGAUGAGCACUGAUGCUCAGAAUGGCUUAAAUCCAUGCUCUAACAAUAAUGGUGGCUGUGAAGAGAUCUGUCUUUUUGAUGGACGUGAAGUCAAGUGCCAGUGCUACCAUGCUCUUGUUGCUGAAAAUGGGAAAUCCUGCAGAGAAUAUGAGGCCUUCCUGUUGUAUUCAAGUAUCACAAGCAUUGACAGUCUUCACAUGUUUGAUGAAGACAAUCCAAACACUCCUUUAAAGAAGAUUACAUCAGAUAUUAUGAAGAAUGCUAUAAGUUUGACAUUUGACUAUGCCAAUCAACGAAUUUUCUACUCAGAUAUUCAGCGAGGCAGUAUCAAUACAGUCUUUUUCAAUGGAAGUGGACAUUCUUUAUUAGUAGAAAAACAAGGAUCAGUAGAAGGGCUGGCUUUUGAAGAAAGAGAACGGGAUCUCUAUUGGACUUGUCAGAGUGAUGCAUCUAUAAACAGAAUGAGUGUUGAUCCAUCGCGCACCCAAACUGUAGAGAAAAUUGUACACCUAGAGCAAAAUGACAAGCCGAGAGGCAUUGUUGUUGAUAGCUGUGACCUUUUGAUUUUCUGGACUAACUGGAAUUCUGAGGCCCCAUCAAUUCAACGUUCUCUUGUUAGUGGAAUGCGUGUUGAAUCGAUCAUAACCACUCAAAUCCGCAUGCCUAAUGGCCUGGCUAUUGAUCAUAAGGCACAGAAGUUGUAUUGGGCUGAUGCAAGGUUAGACAAGAUUGAAAGAUGCAAUUUGGAUGGAUCAGACAGAUUUAGCCUUUUAAAAAAUGUACCAAGUCAUCCUUUUGAUUUGGCAAUAUAUGGAGACUAUCUAUUUUGGACUGAUUGGGUUCUGCAUGCAGUUGUUCGCGCAAAUAAGUAUACAGCUGAUGAUGUUGUUAAACUCAAGACAGGAGUUACACGGCUUAUGGGCAUUGUAGCAGUUGCAAAUGAUACAAAUAAUUGUGAUGCCAGUCCAUGUAGAGUUUUUAAUGGAGGCUGUGAAGAUAUCUGUACAUUAGAUGAACGUGCUCAAGUGGUUUGUCAGUGCUCUCCAGGGCGGAUGAUUCUGCCUGAUGGCCGUCGCUGUGCUGUACGUGUUGCUAACUGUUCAUCCGACCAGUUUGAAUGCAGUAAUGGGCUUUGCAUCCCCUACAUAUACUCAUGUGAUGGAGAUCCUGAAUGUUCUGAUGAGUCUGAUGAAGAUGAAACAUAUUGUGUAAGCCGAACUUGUAAAGAAGGAUACUUUGGAUGUGGAAAUGGCCAGUGUAUUCCUCAAGAAAAAGUGUGUGACCAUAAAUUUGAAUGCCACAACCUGAAUGACGAAAAGAACUGCAACUGUAGCAGUGAUGAAAUUAGAUGUGCGAGCAGUGGCUGGUGUUUACCAGCAGACAGCAAGUGUGAUUAUAAGCAAGACUGUCCUGAUGGCAGUGAUGAAAUGAAUUGUGAAAAAAGAGAUUGUACUAAAGUCCAGUGGGAGGGCUUUAAUAGUUCGGAGCUGAUUAACUGUGCUAAUACCACUAGUUGCAUCCAUCCAAAAUGGAUAUGUGAUGGAACAAAUGACUGUUGGGAUAACUCUGAUGAACAGAAUUGCACCACAACAUCAAGUUCUUGCCCAUCUGGGACUCAUCAGUGUGACAAUGGACGAUGCAUUGCCAUAGUUUUUAAAUGUGAUGGUGACAACGAUUGCAAAGAUGAAAAUGCUACAGGGGUGUCAAGUGAUGAAGCUGAUUGUGUCUAUACUUGCCCUGAAGACCAGUUUGCAUGUGCAAAUGGAAACUGCAUCCCUGCUAUUUGGCGCUGUGAUGCCUUUAAAGACUGUGAGGAUGGUUCAGAUGAGCCGGAAGAUUGUGGUACCAUUGAAUGUAGUGAAGAAGAAUUCAAGUGCAGUUCAACAGGCCGUUGCAUCCCAAAGAAAUGGGUUUGUGAUAAUGACAAAGAUUGCGGUGAUGAUGAUUCAGAUGAACAUCCUCCAGGGGGUUGUCCAGUGCCUGUGGGUAUGUCAUGCCCAACAGGACAGUUCAUGUGCCCAAUGUUUGAUAAAUCUCAACAUCGAUGCAUACCGAAUGAAUAUCUGUGUGAUGGUCAUGAUGACUGUUGGGAUGGAAGUGAUGAACCUGAUUCUUGCCCACCGAGGGAAUGCCUUCCUUCUCAAUUUAAAUGUGAUUCUGGAAAGUGUAUUCAUUUUGUGUGGGUCUGCAAUGGCAGGGACGACUGCAUCGACAAGUCAGAUGAAAUCAACUGCACCGUCAGCGGUUCAUCCCUUUUAGGAAACAGCUGUCCAGUGGGCACUCACAAAUGCGAUAAUAAUAACUGUGUCAGCCUGGCGUUGCUGUGUAAUGGCCAUGACGAUUGUGGGGAUCGCACCGACGAACAUUUGUGCAAUUUUAAUGAAUGUUUAGAAAAUGCCAGACUUUGUGCACACACCUGCAUAGAUAAGGACAUUGGAUAUGAGUGCCGUUGCAACGAUGGAUAUAAGGUCAACCCAACAGAUGCUAAGUUAUGUGAUGACAUAGAUGAAUGUGAAGAUUAUCCUUGCCCUCAUUUCUGUCAGAAUACUAUAGGUUCUUAUAAAUGUUCAUGUGCUGAAGGGUACAUAUCAGAACAAGAUGGCCACAAAUGCAGAGCCAACUCAACUGCAAAACCAAAACUGAUCUUUUCCAAUCGUUACUACAUCAGACAAAUUGGAAUUGAUGGAAAGAAUAACACCUUACUGGUAGCCAAUCUCACCAAUGCAGUAGGAUUGGACUAUGACCAUGUAGAAAAUUGUAUAUAUUGGUCAGAUGUUACACAUCUCUCCUCAUCUGUGAAGAAAAUGUGUAAUGACAGCCAGCCAAAGGUUCUUCACUCUGCAGUGCAAAGCCCUGAUGGCAUAGCGCUUGACUGGGUUGGCCGGAAUCUCUAUUGGUGUGAUAAAGGUAAAGAUACCAUUGAAGUUUCCAAGCUAGAUGGUCAGUACAGAAAAGUUCUCAUUAAUAAAGGACUACAAGAUCCUCGCGCAAUUGUACUAGAUCCUUACAAUGGAUACAUGUAUUGGACAGACUGGGGUAAUUCACCUCAUAUAGGUAAAGCUGGGAUGGAUGGGUCAGAUCAGCGUGUCAUAGUGAACACAACACUUGGAUGGCCAAAUGCACUUACUAUAUCUUAUGUCACUCAUGAACUGUUUUGGGCUGAUGCUCACCAGGAUUAUAUAGCUCAUUCAGACCUUGAUGGAAAAAAUAUCAGAAUUAUCAAGAGUAAAGAUACUGCUCCAUUACAUGUCCAGCACAUUUUUGCUAUCACUGUGUUUGAAAAUUAUAUCUACUGGACUGACUGGGAAUUGAAGGCUGUUGUACGUGCUGAUAAAUACUCUGGGGCUAAUGUUCGCACAAUUUACAAUGCUGUGCAUAGGCCUAUGGAUAUACAUGUUUAUCAUCCUUUUCGGCAGCAACCUUUGAUAAAUAAUCCCUGUGAAAAUAAUGGUGGAUGUAACCCAAUGUGCCUUUUGGCUCCUGGUGGUAAAAAGACAUGCACGUGCCCAGAAAACUUUGCUCUUGAUGAAGAUGGUGUGUCCUGCAAAAGUGAUUGCCUCACAUCUAUGGUUGUAUGUAAUUCCACCUAUAAAUGCAUUCCAUUCUGGUGGAGAUGUGAUACUCAGGAUGAUUGUGGAGACAAUUCGGAUGAACCAGAAGACUGUCCCGAAUACAAAUGUACCCCUGGACAGUUCCAGUGUAAAAAUGGCAAUUGCAUACAUCCUUCCCAAAUCUGUGAUGGCCAGGAUCAGUGUAAAGAUGGUUCAGAUGAACCCAACUGUAAUGAAUAUGCUUGUGUUCUGUCGCAAUUCAAGUGUCCACCAGUAAAUGGUUCUUCAGCAUUUUGUAUAGCUGGUCCACGGAGGUGUGAUGGAAAACCAGAUUGUCCAGAUGGACAUGAUGAAAAGAACUGUACUGCUCCUACAUGUAAUGCAGAUUGGUACUCGUGCAAUAAUAAUCAGUGUAUUCCAAAAGUUUGGGUUUGCGAUGGUGAUCAAGAUUGUACAGAUGGUUCAGAUGAGAGAGAUGACUGCAGGACUCGAGACUGCCCAGCAGAAAAUUUCAAAUGUAAUAAUGGCCGUUGUAUUCCACGAUCAUGGAGAUGUGAUGGAGAAUUUGACUGUACUGAAAAAGAAGAUGAAGGAGAUACUUGUACUCAACCACUAACAUGUGAUGCUUCUCACUUCCAGUGUCAAAAUAAAAAAUGUAUACCUAAUCGUUGGAAGUGUGAUGGUGAGCAUGACUGUGAUGAUGGCUCUGACGAAGAAAGUUGCCCCAUCAGAGAGUGCACAGAAAGUGAGUUUCGUUGUGAUGAUGGAAGGUGUAUUGCUGGGAAAAACAAAUGUGAUGGAGAAACCAACUGCUUAGAUGGGAGUGAUGAACUCAAAUGCAACGGUAAUUGUGAACCCAAUAUGUUCAAAUGCGAAUCCUCAUCAUUUUGUAUAUUACAGGACUGGGUUUGUGACCAUGACCCAGAUUGUACCGAUGAAUCUGAUGAACGUAAUUGUAGUUCAACAUGUGAACCAGGCUUUACAAGCUGCAAAAACAAUGCUUGUGUACCAGAUGCUUGGUUAUGUGAUGGAGAGAAAGAUUGCUCAGAUGGAAAUGAUGAAGAUGAAGAGUUAUGUGCAAACCACUCAUGUUCUCUUGGUAGAUUCAGAUGUAAGAAUGGUAAAUGCAUCCUCGACACUCAGGUUUGUGAUGGAACAGCCCAGUGCACUGAUGGCUCAGAUGAAACUUCUGAACUAUGCCAGAGAAUAAGAGCAUGCAGUCCUGACCAAUUUCAAUGUAAAAAUGGCCACUGCAUUGGUAAAAGCAGUGUGUGUGAUGGUUUUGAUGACUGCACAGACAAUAGUGAUGAAAUAAAUUGCCAACAAGGAUGUAGGUUUGGAGAAUGCUCCCAGAUUUGUAAUAUUAAAAAAGAUGGAAACCAUACUUGCUCAUGUGCACCAGGCUACACUCUGAACAGUUUGUCACAAAAGAACCAAAAGUCAUGUUUCGCUGAUGGGAAUACAGCAUAUAUGAUAUUAGCUAAUGAUAAUCAUUUAAGAAAGCUUUCCCCUUAUAAACAUGGAAAUUCUGCUAGCAUACUGACUUUGACAGAGGAAGAUUCUAAAAGUGUUCGCGUCCAUAGUGUAGAUGUUUUAUAUGGUGAAAGUCCUUUGUGUUUUUGGACUAAUCAGCAUGACAAUACGCUUGUAUCCAUGGCUGUUCCCACUACUCAUGAACAGGAAAAUUACAGAACACGAAGAGAAGCAUCACCGAUAAAUAAAGUGUUAACCAACCUGAAUAAGCCUCGUGGAUUAGCAGUGGACUGGGUUACAAAACAUGUCUAUGUUAUUAAUACUGGGGAUAAGACCAUUUUGGUUGUUUCUCUGGAUGGUAGCAAAAAGGUUACUCUCACCUCGAUGGAGUUUGAUCAGGCACAUGAUAUAGCAGUAGAUCCAAAGUCUGGGCAGCUCUUUUGGACUGAUUGGGGUGUGAGACCAAGCAUUCGCUCAGCUGGAAUGGAUGGUGGAAAUGUUAGAACUUUAGUGGAUCACAACCUUCAGUGGCCUGUAGGGCUAGCUAUUGAUUAUCCUGCACGUAGAUUAUACUGGGCAGACAGUAAGACUAGUAAUGUUGAAACUGUUAAAUUAGAUGGUUCUGAUCGGCAAGUGGUAAAACAUUUUAAUUCUAGUGAAGGGUCUCCAAGCAGUCUGGAUGUAUUUGAAGACAUCUUAUAUGUUACAACACAUGACACUAAUACUGUUUAUCGUAUGAACAAAUUUGGAGGGGUUCGUAACCCAGGACUUACUCGUUUAUCUACGCAUGUCAUUAAAAUAUCUGAUAUUCUUAUUGUCCAAGAGAAAAAACAUGAUACAACAAUUCACAACCCCUGUGCAAGUAAUCCAUGUGCUUCCAAAGCCAUGUGUCUCAUUUCUGGCCCUGAAAAGUUCUCAUGUGUUUGCCCUGAUGAUACAAUGGAGAAGUUUGACGAAGAUAAAAAGACAAAAAUUUGUGUUGCAAAACCAAAUCCAGAAAUUCUUUGUCCAUUGUGCAAAUUUGGGAAAUGUGUCUCUACAAGUAAAGGGCCAGAAUGUCAGUGUGAUCGAAAGUAUACAGGUCAAAACUGUGAUAUAAGCAGAUGUGCAGGCUAUUGCAAAAAUAACGGCGAAUGCAGCAUACUCCCAACAUCAGAUGACAAAGGAGUUCCUCACCUUCAGUGUAAGUGCCCUACUAAUACAACAGGACCCCGUUGUGAAAAACUGGAUGGAUGUACUGACUUCUGCUUGAACAAAGGUUUAUGUAAAAAGCAACAUGGCAACCCUACCUGCAUUUGUCACCGAUUUUUCACAGGUGACCGUUGUGACCAAUGUAAGAAGUUGAAGUGUCUCAAUGGAGGCACAUGCAGACAGAAAGUAAAGAGGGGCAAUGAGGAACCAGAACCUUUCUGUUCAUGUGCUCCAGGUUACCAUGGGGGGUCUUGCACAUAUUCUGUGUGUGAUGGUUACUGUGAUCAUGGGACAUGUAAGGUACUGCAGGGUAAUCCAAAAUGUGAUUGUAAUAGCGGCUGGUCUGGUCGAACCUGUGAUACAUGUAUUGAUGAGGAUGAGUGCUAUGAUCCUUGUUCUACAUGGGAUUGUGAGAAUGAGGGGGAAUGUCAAUUUGAACCAGGACCUCCUAAGAAAGUGUCUUGCAGAUGUCCCCCAGGAUACUCUGGCCCUAAAUGUGAAGAAACAGUGUGCCAUGGUUACUGUGUGCAUGGUGAAUGCAAAUUGCAAAAAGGUGCUCCUGUCUGCAAGUGUGAUGGUGGAUGGUCAGGACCUAAAUGUGACAUUAGCAUUUGUCCUGAAGGAGGAACCCAGUGUUAUACAUCUUGUGACUUAUUAUCCUGUGAAAAUAAUGGUACAUGUGCAAUAGCUUCAGGAAGUAGUAAACCUUUCUGUAGAUGUCCCCCUGGAUAUCAUGGUGAAAGGUGUGAGCUUACAGAAUGUGACAGGUUCUGUGUACAUGGUAACUGCAAAUUGGAGGAUGGAAACCCUAUAUGCUCAUGUGCACUUGGGUUUAGUGGAAAUAGGUGCCAAAUUGAUACUUGCAAGUCAUUCUGUCACAGGGGUACCUGUGAAGCAACAGAAGAUGGACCAUUUUGUACUUGUGAAGUAGGGUAUACUGGUCAACGGUGCUCCGAGCCUAUUUCAGAAAGUGUUCUGUGUUCACCUAAUCCUUGUGAAAAUGAAGGGGAUUGUGUUAUUUUGAGAGGAAAGCAGUAUUGCAAGUGUACUGAAACAUUUACAGGAGAUGUAUGUCAGCACAGAAUUGAAGCAAAAGUAAAUCCAUGUAAUACAAUUGAAUGUCUGAAUUCUGGAAUUUGUCAAGUAAGACAAGGACUCCCAGAAUGUGUGUGUGACACUAAUUGGGAAGGUGCAAAUUGUAGCCUUCCAAGCAUUUGCAAUGAAUGGUGUUUCAAUGGAGGAAUUUGUUCAGGAAAUGAAAAUUCUUCUCUUGAUCCUGUCUGCAGGUGUAGUGAAGGGUUUGUUGGACCACGUUGUGAAACUUCCAGUGACUCAAUAGCUGAAGCAGAAAACUCAGCACCAAAUACAGCAACAGUCAUUAUUAUAAUAUUUGUUGUGAUUGUAGCUCUGGUACUAGCUGUUGUUUUAGCCUGGCUCUGGCAGCGGCAGCGUGGGAAGGGUAUCAGUCAUGUGCGUUUAGAAGAAAAUGGAGGAACAGUGGAGAUGACUAACCCUAUGUACCUGCAUGCCUCUGAUGACCAGGAGGAUGAUCCUAACCCUGUCUUCUCCCUUCACGAUUCGGUCUCUCCUUAUGGUGUAUGUCAUUACCAUGAACAGACCAAACACGUUCAAAAACCCUGUGUACGACAGUCUGUACAGCGAGGGAGCUUCAGCAACCAUUAUGCAGGAGGAGAAGACUGGGUUGCUACAGUCCGACCCUCUGGGCGCUCUCGACACAAGAAACCAGAACAUUGGGUCCAAGUCUUAACCCCAAGUUUUCCCACAAAUCAUCAUCUUCAACAUAGUAGUAACUCAUCUACUUACAUCGAUAUUUAAUUAAUUAUUUUGCCAUGGUAUAUAAAUGAAAUUUUAUAUAUACUGUAUAUGUGUGUGCAUGAGUGAUUGUAGGGUAGAGCAGUAAAUACUUGUAAAUAUUAAACUUUGAAAGCUGAUGAGGUGAAGACUAGGUUAGGAUCUGCAGAUACUCAUAGGAUAUUGAAUAUUGUAAAUGGUAAUGUGUAAUGUAAGAUACAGAAUGUCAUGUAUAUACUUAUGAAUUAUAUGCUCACCUAAUCCUGCCAGUGUUUAAAUCUGCGAGAUAUAUUGCUGCAUUUCCAUGCAGGCAUGAAAGUGAAUUGAAUUUGACAUUUUAAGAAUAUUUGAAUUUGAUAGUGUUAGGUUUUUAGAACUGUAUUAAAGUGUAAAUAUGUGACUUUAUGCACAAAUAGGAUUUGUGAAGUUUUUAUGACGUCUUGCUCUAUUUUUGCAAGUACACUAUAUACGUGAAUGUAGACUUCAAACAGUUUACUUAUAAUGCAGUUCAUUGGCGUAAGUCAUUCAAUGUAGAAUAGAAUUUGGCCAAUACAGUAUAAAUCUUUAAUAAUCUGGAAAAUCAUAGGUUGUUUGUAGAUCAUUGAUUGUAUUUUAUGCUGACAGUAGAUAUUUUUUACUUUUCAGAUAAUUAUCUUGGAGUAGUUUAUUAUUCAUAUGUCAUGUUUUUGAAUGAUGUUGAUUGUUUGUAAUUAGAUUACUGAACAUCUCUUUCUUGCACAAAUAUGCAAGAUUGUUUGAAGGUUAAUAUAUUUACAUAGUACCAUAGACAUAUACUGCCACAAAAGUAAUGGUAAUCAUUGAUUCUAAAAGGAUACUAAUUGUUGAAAUAUAUUUACAUACAGUACAACAGUACAAGGAACUUUUCAAAUUGUUUUCUCAUGCAGGUAUAUGCAUGUAAUCCACCUAAAUACGUAGAAGAUACUUCUACUUAUUAAAAUCUUAAAAUCACUUAUGAGAAAUUACUUUCAGAAACAAAAUACUGUAAUGUUAAUUAAAAAAGUGAGUGUACUCUAUGCCUUACUAACUGAAUGAAGUAAAUGACUUCCAUUUUAUACACAAAGUAAUUAUUGGAUCUUGUGUGUAUGUGUAUGUUUGAUAAUGUCUUUGUAAUAUCUAUAGUUUUCAAUUCCCAGAGGUAUGAACUUGGCUGGCAAACUUGAUAUACAGGUUCAUAUCAUAUUUUUCUAGUAGUGUUUAUAACAUUUUUGUAAUAUAUCAAAAAAUUGAAUAACAGGGCUAGCAGGAUAUUGAGCUUUAUGAAUAUGCUCUCUUCAGAACUAAAAGAAAACAUUCCAGUGAUUUAAAGCUAACUAGAUUACUGCAAUAGGUGUUUGAUUGACAUGGUAAAAAUUGUAACAUUGGACCUUAUACAAGAUAGGGCAAUGAACUAGUCAUAAUUCUUGUUGAUUUCACAGUAGGAUGACCAUGUAUUAAGUUUUAUGGAAUUAUAGCAGUUUUCUAAGUAUUUUUCUUAGAAAAGUUGCUCCCCACAGCAGUUAACAUAUAAGAUUCACCAUAAGGGUGAUAGUGAAGUCUUAUUUAGUAAAUUAAUAUUUUUGUAGUCAGUGUUGUAGCAUAAAAGAGCAGUGAAAAGAACUGCAGCACCAAACUAGACACAAUUAGUCAGAUAAAGGAAGAUGAGUAUAGCUUUAUUGGUUCAGCUAUGUGCCUUCAUAUGUGUGAAGAAACCUCAACAAAUAUUUUGAGUUUAUGUGGUUUUUAACAUAGAGGCAGUUGUAUUUAAGUAGUAAAGCUAGCCCAGUUUUACUGAUGCCAUAAUGUAAGAUCUUUACUAUUCUAUUUUUGUGUUUAAGACUUUUUGGUGAAAAGUUUUGAUGUUUUUUAAGAAUUGGAUAAAGCACAAUACACAAAACAAUCAAAAGUUGGAUUAUUUAUGUCAGUUUGCUACUAUAGGAAAAUGUUACUAUAAUUAAGUUGGAAUUAGUAGAAUUCUGAUUAAGAUCUAAUAUGGUAAUGUGCAUGUUUGUCCAGGCUUUUGAUUCAAGAGUAUUUUUUAAAUUGUUUUGCUCUCUUGUUUCUAGUCAGCUAGGUCACUGUUGUACAUGUAUUUUUCAUUUUGUAUUUUAAAAAGCUUGUUUCUUAAUGACUAAGACUUACUAGUACACGUUUGGUAGCCGUCAGCCACUAGAUUAAAACGAAAUGAUUGCCUUUGGAAUCUAUUCAUUUAGGAAAAAUAAACCUUUUGCAAUUGGC